AUGGCGAUAGGUGCAGCCAAAAAAGAUGAAUUAUCUAUAAGUGCAAUCGAGAAUACCAACGCAAUCGCUGAUGAACAAAACUCGCUAAAUAACGAUCAAAAUGACACUGAAAAACUAUGUGAAGUACAUAAGAAUAGUAUUAACGAAGACAGUUCUAAGGAAUAUAAUAACUUAACUAAGCAAGCAGAUGGAAAUGACGGAAAUAAUCUUAACAACAAACAAACAAAUGAAACACCAAAUAAAUAUACCAACGAUAAAGAAUCAACCAAAUUAGAAUUAGGAAAUGAACAAUUAAAAAAUGCAAAAGAAUCUUACGCAGAACUUAAGGAUGCAGAAGGAAAGAAAGAAGAUAAGAAGAUCCCCAGAAGAACGUCGAAUUAUCUGCAUAAUAUCCAGAUGACAAAUUCUUCAUUAGGACUUACUCUAGGUGGAUCGGAAAAGAAGGAUACAUCAUUACUGACUGAGUCUAAAACUGUUGCUCGCUUCUCGCCGUUAUGGAAACAGACGCUGGCAUCAUCAGCACCGAUCCUUCUGACCUUCGUGGCUGGUCUGACGUCAGGGUACUCCGCGAUCUUGCUGCCUCAGCUCAAGGCGACCCCGGGACCAAUACCUUCAGACGAAGACACUACGUCGUGGAUAGCGGCAAUGGCAGCGUUACCAAUGGCUCCAGGCUGCCUCGUGUCCGGUUGGAUGAUGGAGAAGUUCGGAAGAAAGACAUCACAAUACAUCACCUGCGUGCCUCUUCUGCUCGGUUGGAUCUUCAUCGCGACCUCCUCCAACCUCGGUCUCAUGCUCAUCGGCAGAUUUUUCACCGGCCUGUGUGCUGGGUUGGCCGGUCCUCUCGUCCCCGUCUACAUAGGAGAAACCACAGAACCAAGAUACAGAGGAUUCUUCCUCGCGGCAGUGUCAUUAGCCAUAGCUGUAGGAAUACUCGUAGCCCAUAUCAUAGGAACAUUCUGCACUUGGCAAACGACGGCAAUCAUAUGCUCAGUAUUCCCAGUAUUAACUGCCGCGCUCUUAACAUUUGUACCAGAAAGUCCCACCUGGCUGAUAUCACAAGGAAGGAUAGAGGAUGGAAUCAGAUCCUUUUAUUGGCUAAGAGGAUACGGUGAAGAUGCAAAAUUAGAAUUAAAAGGACUCGUCGACAGUAAGAAAGCUCUUGAUAGCGCACGAAAGUUGUCGUUGAAAGAAAAGUUGAUAAGCCUUAAGAGUCCUGAGCUGAUAAAGCCUCUAGUGAUCAUGAUCUUAUUCUUCUGCACUUGUCAGUUCUCUGGAGUGAACGCAGUCGCAUUCUAUUCAAUUGAAAUAGUUGAGAAGGCCGUCGGGAAGGGUAUCGAUCAUUACCUUGCAAUGUUGAUAAUAGAUUCAUUAAGAGUCGUCAUGAGUGUGGUCGCUUGUGUAAUAUGCAAACAGUAUGGAAGGCGACCUUUGUGUUUCAUAAGUGGCAUUUGGACUUCCAUGUCCAUGGUUGGGCUAUCAAUGUUCCUUUAUUGGAAGCCCGAAAAUAUGUCAUGGCUGCCUUUGAUGUUCUUAAUGUUCUACAUAUGUGCUAUAUCUAUAGGUUUAGUUCCCUUGCCUUGGAUAAUGUGUGGAGAAGUAUUCCCGACAAAGGUGCGAGGAUUAGGAUCUGGUAUCAGUUCAGCAACAACGUUUUUUGCAUUUUUCACUGUUGUCAAAACUGCGCCAGGUUUGAUGAGUAGUAUAGGAGAAGUUUUUACUUUCCUCUGUUACGGAAUAAUAGCCUUGCUUGGUACAACUCUCAUGUACUUCAUAUUACCAGAAACUAAAGGGAAAAGUUUGCAAGAAAUUGAAGAGCGGUUUAGAAAUGGUAACAAAUCUGAUGGGCCUAAAGUGUAAUUAGAAUUUACUAGUAUUUGUGUUGUAAUAUUGCAAAUGAGGCCAUACUAUUAGGAAGAACAAUGUACAAAUUGUAUGGAGUGCUACUCGCUAGAAGCGAUAUAAUUUAAAAACUGUGAUACUUAGGUAGUCAAUUUAAUUAAGAUCGAUGCAAAAGAUGGUGCUAAUGUAUCUACGAAUAUGAAUUUAGGAGUCUAAGUUAACUUAAUAAAAUAUAUUCUUGAUAUUUUCAAAAGACAUAGAGUGAUUUUAAACAAUUAUACAAUAUUUAUAAAUAAUUCCGAAUUAUUUUAUGGUGUUUAUCUACUUGCACUUAAGGAUGAUUGAGAUAUUUUAAGAGAUUUUGUAACAUUCCAUUGUAAAGACAAAAUGUUAGAAAAUACUUUUAUUUUAAUAUAUUUUUCUUGUAUUGUUUGCACGGUUUUGAUGAAAAUUAUAAUUAUAAAUGUUUAGGAAAAUAUCUAAAGACAAUAAGAAAAGCUAAAGAGUUUGGGAAGUUUCCAAAUGAAAAACAAACUGUAGAAACUAACAUUCAUUAUUACAAAAUUGGUAACAAAACAGAUUAAAAAAUAGUGUCUAUGUAAUGGCACAUUAUUUAGUUAAGUUAAACAUUAUAUUAAAUGCAUUUCGGUACUUUCUGUCUACGAUUAAGUACAGGGAUUCAAUUAAAUCAUACAUUUAUUGUUUUUUCCAAACUUUUGUUUGUUUAUGUACAUUAUUAGUUGAUAUUAAAACAAUCAUCCUAAAUAUGAAAUGUUA